UCAGUGCUUUUAGGAAGUGCAGCGGCAUCCGAGCGCUGCACAGCCCCCAGCAGCCCAGCUUCACUUCCGCCCCACACGCCUGGGCGGGCGGGGCAGGCGGGAAGGGCCUGUCACCAGCAAGGUGACACAUUCCUGCCCAGCCAGCCCAAGCAGCAGCUGGGCCAGCGGACAAGGGGCCCAGCCACCUCUCCCCGGCGCUUCAGAAUGGAUCUGUGCCACUCAGAGUCUGCUGAGCUGAGCAGCGGGGAGACAGAGGAGCUGCAGAGGAUCAAAUGGCACCGGAAGCAGCUGCUGGAGGACAUCCAGAAGCUGAAGGACGAGAUCUCGGAGGUGUUUGCCCAGAUCGACUGCUUCGAGGGCGUGGAGGACAGCCGGAUGGCGCAGAAGGAGAAGGAGCUGUGCAUCGGGCGCAAGAAGUUCAACAUGGACCCAGUGAAGGGCAUCCAGUAUCUCACUGAACACAAGCUGCUGAAGCCCAGCGCCCAGGACAUAGCCCAGUUCCUGUACAAGGGCGAGGGCCUCAACAAGACGGCCAUCGGCACCUACCUGGGGGAGAGGGAUCCUCUCAACCUGCAGGUCCUCCAGGCCUUCGUGGACUGCCAUGAGUUCGCCAACCUCAACCUCGUCCAGGCUCUCAGGCAGUUCUUGUGGAGCUUCCGGCUGCCCGGCGAGGCCCAGAAGAUCGACCGCAUGAUGGAGACCUUCGCCACCCGCUACUGUCUCUGCAACCCAGGCGUCUUCCAAUCCACAGACACCUGCUACGUGCUGUCCUUCUCCGUCAUCAUGCUCAACACCAGCCUCCACAACCCCAACGUGAGAGACCGGCCGCCCUUCGAGCGCUUCGUGUCCAUGAACCGGGGCAUCAACUGCGGCGCGGACCUGCCCGAGGAGCAGCUGCGGAACCUCUUCGACAGCAUCAAGAGCGAGCCCUUCUCCAUCCCCGAGGACGACGGCAGCGACCUCACCAACACCUUCUUCAACCCAGACCGAGAAGGCUGGCUGCUCAAGCUGGGGGGCCGGGUGAAGACCUGGAAGCGACGCUGGUUCAUCCUCACAGACAACUGCCUCUACUACUUCGAGUUCACCACUGACAAAGAGCCACGGGGAAUCAUCCCCCUGGAGAACCUCUCCGUGCAGAAGGUGGACGACCCCAAGAAACCAUUCUGCCUGGAGCUCUACAACCCCAGCUGCCGAGGCCAGAGAAUCAAGGCCUGCAAGACGGACGGUGACGGCAGGGUGGUGGAGGGCAAGCACGAGUCCUACAGGAUCUCGGCCGCCAGCGCCGAGGAGCGGGACCAGUGGAUCCAGGCCAUCCGGGCCAGCAUCACCCGCGUCCCCUUCUACGACCUGGUCUCUGCCCGGAAGCAGAAGAUCGCCAGCAAGCAGUGAGCCGCCAGGGAGGUGGCGCAGGGAGACCCCUCCUGCCUUUCCUUGCCUCAGACUCGCCCCAUGACCUCGAGCUAACUGUGACAGGAGACAGAGCUCCGAGGCCGGGUGGGGACCCCAGAGGGCACACAGCCCACCUAGAGGUCCUGGCGCCCAGCAGCCCUGCCUCCAGGUCCACGACGGUAGAGAUGAGAGAGGAGCCGAGGAGAACAAGAACUGCAUCUCCUCUCAGGGCCCUUCGCCCUCAGAGGGGCCGUCAGCCCUCAAAGCGGGAGGCCCUGAGGUCCCUUGGGGCCACCUGCCCUCAGCCAGGCAUCCCCACCAUCCUCGGAGUGUCUCUGCGAGCCCCCCAUCCUCAGUUUGGGGUUGGCCCUCCUUGCUGGAGCAGAGCUCAGCACACACAUGGCCCAGACCCAGGGCCAGGACACAGGGGACAGCAGGAGCCCCCUACCCCACCCUCAGCCUCUGUGGGAGGCAGCACCAGGCUCAGGCCUGGUGGGAGAGCCUUGCCUAGGGCUUCCCUGCUGUACCGAAGCCAGUGGCUCUAGGAUGGUGAGGGCAGCAGGGCGAGUCGCAGCACCCCGGCCUUCUGCAGCCGAAUCUCAGAGGUGCUGCGUCCCAGUACCACAGGCAGCCCUGGCUCCAGGAGGCCCCACCUCUCAGAGAACCACCGCACACCCUCACCUGGGCCCAGGGAGCCGCCAGAGGGAGAUUCCUUGGCUGGACAACAGGAAAGGCCUCUGCCCCACUGCUGGCUGAGUGGGCGAGUGUAGCAGGCAGAUUCCCCUGGGGAAAACUGCAGGUCGCCAGGCAACGGCCCUUCUUCCCGCCCCCACACACAAGCACACUUCCCAGGGUCAGGAUGGAGAUGCCGCCGGUGAGGGGGUGAGACCCCCCGUCUCCAGGGUGUGCAAGAAUCUGGCAGCCAUGUUGCUCCAGGUGAGGCCUCGGUUGGGCCUCUGCGGGAGGAGGCCUACGUGAACUUUUGGGGAUGUGAGCUGCGACUGCCCCAUUAGGCCCAUCAGUGGGCACAGGAGGUGGCGGAAGGAGCACUAGGCUGGAGACUGGGCCCUCUGAGGUCCUCUCUUUGUCCUUGGUCCACUGCCUCCUGCCUCCCUCUGGGCCUCAGCUUCCUUCCCAUCCUUGAGGGCUUGGGACAAACAUGAGCAGCUGCUCUGUGGAUCACUCAGAAGACAGAAUAAAGCAUACGGUGCAACUCCUGAGCAAGGCUCCUUCCCCCGCCCUGGCCUUUCCCCUUAAUCCCUUCCCUAGACAGGGAAGGCUGCCCCCUGGAGCACUGGAACCUCAUCCUCAGGACACUGAGGCUGCUGCACUGGACAGAAGUCCCCGGGGGCUGGACUUCAGGCAGCGCUCCCUCGGGGCAGGGGCAGGGAGAGGGUUGAGCUGAUUCUGCCCACGCUCAGGGAAAGGGAGAAGAACUUUCCAGCAGGCAGUGAUGUCUACAGGCAAAAAAGGUCACCACUGCAAGAGCCAGGUGAUGAUCUGCGCAUCUCUGGCGGGAUGCAAGCACAGGCCGUCACUUGAGGGACUUGAUUCUGUGGGCUUCACUUAGGUGUGUUCCCACAAACACCUAUGAACACCAGUAGGUGCUAGAGAUGCAGUUCUUGUUCUCCUCAGCUCCUCUCCUCAUCUCUACCGUCAUGGACCUGGAGCCAAUAGGAGCCCCAAUAGGUCCUAGAAGAGUGCUACGCGGGGCAGUCUUCUAGGCCUGGUAGAACAGGACAGAGUUGCUGGUGCCUGGGCUCACAUUCUAAUAUCCUAGUGCACCUGAAUCCUAGGUGCUAGGCAGCCCCUUUAGGGUGUUAAGGACACCCCCAUAUCCUACCCAGCCCCCUGCCUGAUGCCCCAUUGCUCCUUGAAGAUCCUAAGAUGCUGAACUAGCCCACUCUCCUACAUGGUCCUGCCUCCAGCCCAUGUUUACUGAGCACCUGCUGCCUACCAGGCUCCCUGCAGAGCCAGAGGCCCAGAGAUGAUCAGAACACGGCUCCCGCCAUCAGAAGGAGCUUGUGUCCAGUGGGGGACACAGGUGUAGACGACCAGCUCUAGCCAGCCUGACAUGUGCUGUUGUAGAGGGGCAGAGCAGGGCUAAGCUGGCAGAAGGGCACCCCGUAGGCUCCCUGGAGGAGGAGGCCAGCUGAGAAAGGACACACACGCUGCACUGUGCUGAGCCCGCCUCACGUCUGCCUCUGACUGCAAGCUCUUUGAGGGUCUCAGUGCUCCUCCUCUGUGCCUAGCGUUCAGUAGGUGCAGUAGCUGUUGGUUUGACUGAUGUUAGCUGAUCAAGGCGCUCAGAGCCACAGCAUCAGCAGGUGCCAGGGUCUGCAGGCCCCCGGGGAUUGUAGGAAUGCUGCUGUUGCUGCUGUUGCUUCUCCUGCCGCUGCUGCUGCUGUUCUGCCGCCACUGUUGUCAGGAGCUAGGGACAGAGCUAGGGAGGCCAGCAGGAUCAUACCACUCGCCAGAACUGGGAGGGUCUCACUCUGACCCAUUGGCCCAGGCCUCAGGUCUCUACCCCUCCCAAGGCAGCCUGUGCCCCCUUAUACCAUCCUGCCACUCCUCUCUCUGGGCAGUAGAGGGCGCCCACCACACGCAGAUGAGAGCUACUCUCCCCCAAUCCCCGCAGAGACUGGGCCUGUGUUGGGGGAGUCCCAGCCAGGGCAUCUUAGGUAGGAGGCACUUGGCCAGCUAGGGCCUGUGAGCUUGGCAGAACCCACAGACCACACUAGCAGGGGCCUGCUCCUCACCCCCUGCCUGGUCUGGCACAGGAAGACAGGCUUGCCCGCUCUCUGCUGCGUGCCCUCUCUCCGUGAUUUUUUUCUUUGGGGCCUGAGCCAGCUAAGUUCCGCCAGUGCAAACCUUUGACGGAGACUUCCUGGUGCACGGGGUCUGGGGCACCAGAACACAGCAGCUCCUCGCCUGGGAGAAUGAGUGGAGACAGAAAUGCCACUGACUGUGAGAGGCCACAGGGGGCAGCAGUGAGUGUCACCAGAGGCCCUGGGUUCAAGGCUCAGUCUACUCUGAGCCUUAAGCAAGGUUGUGGGACACUCUGGGCCUUGACUUCCCGUCUGUAACAUGGGGAUCACUGAAUAGAUGUGUAAUUCCCAGGACAGCGUUGAGCAGCCACUGCGGGUUUAUUAUUAUCAUCGCAGUGUGCACUGUCACCAGAGACGAAGCAGAUGGAGCCAUUGGAAGAGGGAGAAACCUGAGUGGGGAGGAGGACAUCCUUGAGGGCUUCCUGGAAGCAGUGCCCUAUGGCGAGCCCAGCCGAGGCCCAGGACUUCCGGCCAGUGGGGCCUAUAAGAGGCAGGUUGAGCAUGCAGGACAAGGCUGGGGGUUUCCGGGCCCACACACCAGCACAGGGGGCCAUGAGGAUGUGAGGUCAAGGGGCGCUGGUCUCUGGCAGGGGUGGCCUGUGAGCAUAGUAAUGAGAGCUCUGAGUCCCUGAGCCCUGGCUCUACCACAGGAAGCUGUGGGGGCCCGGCAGCAGACGCUGAGUAGAAGCCAGUGCAGCCCUGGGUCCCUGCCAGCACAGGGGGCCAAGAGGAGUGGAUGGGGCAGGGGCCCAAGUGCCAGGGCACAGGAGAUGGGGGCAGGCAGUCCCGAGUCGGAGGCAGGUGUGAGAGACCCGGAGAAACUGAUUUAUUAGGGAUCAUGAAAGGAGCUAAAUAUGUUUGCCGGCUAGCGAUGACUCAGUCAUCCCCCAGGGGUUCGCAAGUAUGAACAUCAAAGAAUGGAAGGCAGGCCACCUCCCCGGGUACCGCCAGCCUCGCCCCUGCUUCCUGUGACGGGAGGACUCGCCUCUCCGACCUACACAGCCCCAGUGCCCACCCCCAGAGCUCGCAGGGGGGCGGGGUGAAGAAUGAAACCUCGGGUUAGACACAAGUGGGUUGCACUCUUGGCCCAACACAAUUGCUGUGUGAUCUUGGACACGUGGCUGACGCUCUCUGGACUCACUCACCAGGCAGGCCCCAGCCCGCCAAACCUAGCCUCGCUCCCCCUCUGUCUGGUGUGAUUUUUCCUAUCGCAUUGGGCUCCUUCCAGAAGCCAAGGGCCCCUCUGCCUGGGGCUGCCAACUGGCCUCCAGGAGAAGAGCCAGACCCACAGGGCCUCUCCAGCACGCAGAGGAUGCACUCUGCCAGGGCCGACUUCCGGCCAGCUCUGUGCUCCAGAGUGCAGGGAUGAAUCAGAGUGUGCAGGCCAGAGGCUGAGGGACAGAGGAGGGUGAGAGGACUGCUCCUGGUGGGGCAGGCUGUAGGGAGGGCAGCCCAGCUCCUGGAGCGGGGUGAGUGAGGAGCUGAUGGGUGCGCCUGGGGCGGGGCUGUCCUGGAACAGCAGGACAGGAGGCAGAUAGGGAGAGGGAUGGAGCCUGGAGCUGGGAGGGCACCAGGCAGGAGAGACACUCGGGGCCACUCGGGGUGCUCCCCAGGCCAUUGUGGGGUUGGAUCAAGGACACCCACUGGGUGGGGGCCACAGGAUGCCAGAGGGGGCUGGUCGGGUGCAACAGGAGCAACCUGAGAAUGAGCCAGAGGAGAGGCGGGGGGACCUCCAGUCUCCCCAGCAGGUGGGAGUAAAGGUUUAGGGGGCAGCAGAACUGUUCGCCCUGGGCCAGAGGGACAGCAAGACCCCCAGGUGGAGAGCCUCAGGGAAGCCUCCCCUCUCCCUUCUGCACCCCUCAGCUCCUCCCUGCUCCCUCCCUUCUUUCCCACUUGCCCCCCCUCUCCUGCACUCUCCCCAACCCCUCUUGGCCAUCCUGGCGUAAGGCCGUAUCCACAGGUCCCUGGGAUUCGAACUCCGCUUGCCCAUCUCGGGCUGUGUGGUGGGGGCCUGUGCUCUGCUCUCCCUGGGUCUCCUUUCUCCUACUCAAGGCCCCAGGUGGUGACUCCCCACCUGCAAUCCUCAUGCUGAGUCUUCUGAUGACCCAGUGGUGCAGGCUGAGAGAAGGGGAGGUCUGGGGCCUGCCCUGGGGAUAUAGAAGUCCCUGUCCCCUCCCAAGACAACACUGCUUUUCCUAACUGCAGGCUAGGGGCUGUGUGGGCGUGGUCAUGAGGCCCCUGCCGCUUUUGUCCCCAUUAGAGAUCUUAAUCUUGGGGGUCUCCCUGCACCCUGUCCUCCAUCUAUAUGUCACAUGGCAUACUCACUUAGGCCAGCCUCUGCCAAUACCAGCCACCUCCAGCCUCCCAGCACACUUAGGGCCAAUCAGUUACCCCACCCUCGGGAAAGGACCCACUCUCACUGGGACCCAACAGAAGGCCAGGGCCUGCACCUGUGCAGGAACAACCCUAGCUGAUUUGGAGCAUAGGUAGGCACAUGGGCCACAAGGUGAUCACCCAUGGUGGGACCCUUCUGACAGUGCCAUGAUGCUGGAUUAGAGGGGUUCCAGGAGAACCAGAGCAAACCAAGACUGCCUGGUACCUCAAGACGUGAGCAUCCUAGACACCAGCCACAUUCACAAGACUCCAGCAAGAAAGUGGGGACAUUGCCCCACAGGGCUGCGUGUACAGCUGAGGAUCCUGGUGGGCCUCCCUGGCUACCCCACCCCUCAGGGCUUCCAAAAGGUUUCAGAAAAGCAGGUGUGCUGGCCCUGCAUCCUUCAAAGGAGACUCCAAGCCCACCGUCUCUCCUUGCCUGCCUCUUUGUUUCCGGAUUUGGCCGUCCAGCCCCACUGUUAGGGUUUAGAUCUAAAGUGUCUCAUGUGUUCAGGGGUGGCGCUUUCAGAAGAUGGUUGGGUCAUGGUGUGCUGUACUCAUCAGCUCUAUUGAUGAGCUCGUAGCCGAGUGUGCUGUUAGGAGGUAGGGCCUGGUUGAAGGAGGUGGGUCACUGGAAGGAUGUAUUCCUGUUUCCAGUCUCGCCCCUCCCACUCCGCUUCCUGGUUGCCAUGGGUUGAGCGCCAUUGUUCCCCCACACCCUGCUGCCAUGAUGUUGCUGCCUUUAAGCCAGCUGACCAUGGACUGAACUGUCUGAAUCCGUAAGCCAAAUUAAACCUCUCCUCCUUUAA